CUUUGUUUGAAACGUGUGUAGCAACUUAUAGAGUAGGAGUCAAAGUUAAGGUCUGAUAAAACAGCUAAGCUAAUGACAACGCACACAGUAUAAUGGGGUGUUGUGCAUAAUGUAGGGAUUCUCCUCCCACUUUCUCACACACACACACACACACACACACACACACACACACACACACACACACACACACACACACACAGAUAUAUGUUGUUUGCUCAGCUACAAGUGUUGCAGAACACGGCGGUGUGGCAGCAGGCCCAGCGAGACUGCACUCCUCAAGGUCUCUGGAGGUGUGAUGCCGGGAAACUCGCAGGUGUCUGGUCUCAGUUGUGGGCGGUUGGGUCUGGACCACCAUGACGGGUCGUCCUUCGCGUUCCUCACCGGGCGUGAGAUGUCCUCCCUGUCUGGACAUCCUGUUCCACAAUAUUUUGUGGAAAAUAAAUUCAUGUAGCCUGCACAUUCCUUUCCACUUAUUAUGCGACCACACAAGUACACUACUACUGAAAAUUAUGUUGUGUCUCUCUCGCUGCAUCGGUUGCUAGUCCUUUAUGCUUUUAUCCUUUUAUUAUGUCAGCUUUGAUGCUUUUAUUCUUUUUUUUUUUAAUGAAUUUGUCAUAUAUGUCGUUGUCGUAUAGGCCGCACUCUGCUGAAAUUUGAUAAUGACACAAAUCCAGCCCAAUAUGUGACACUUGAAAGGAGGAUGCAAAAUUAAUUAUUAUUAUUAUUAUUAGAAAUGAAUUGAAUAACAACUGGAAUGUUUGUGUGCAUGUGUGUCAGAGAAGCCGAGGCUAAGGGCGGAGGGGCCACUGAUGACAACUAGGCCCGUCAUUGGUCGGUAGCCAUGGCUGUCAGUGUGCAGGAGAAGCCUCGCGAGGGCGGCUGGGGGUGGAUGGUUGUUGCGGCCUGCUUCCUUGCAACCAUCUGCAUACGUGCAGUCACCAGAUGUGUUUCCAUGUUCUUCGUGGAGUUUCAGCUGCACUUUGAGCGAGAUUAUUCCACCACGGCCUGGAUCCACAGCCUGAUUGAUUGCACCACUAUGCUCUGUGCACCUCUGGGUGGUUUCCUUGCCAACCGCCUAUCAUGCAGAGCCACAGUGAUGCUGGGGGGUCUCUUGUCCUCGGUGGGUCUGGUCAUCAGCUGCUUCGCCUCCAGUCUGGAACAUCUCUACGUCUCGCUGGGCAUCCUCACAGGUUUGGGCUUUGCUCUGAGCUACACUCCGUCCAUCGCCAUGGUUGGCCGCUACUUCAGCAAGAGGAAAGCUUUGGCGUACGGCAUCGCCCAGUCUGGCAGCGGCAUUGGGACCUUCAUCCUGGCUCCGGUAGUUCAGCUGCUCAUCGAACGUUACUCGUGGAGGGGGGCCGUGCUGGUCCUGGGGGGCAUUGUUUCCAACUUGUGUGUGUGUGGAGCCUUGAUGAGGCCGGUGGUGGAGUCCUGCGAGAAGAAAAGGAUGCCAGAUGAAUCCAACAAGGAAAAGGAAGAAACCAAAGAAGUCCCAGCAAAGAUGGCAGAAAUCAGCAAGCUCGGCUACAGUGAAGGACUACUGAUUGCUAACGGAGCGCUGAGAAACUGCCAACUGGAGAACAACAAGCUAGCCAAGGUGGACAAGCUAGCCCAGGCUAACAUGCUAGCCUUUAUGUCCAGCGGGCCCGAUGCCAGGAUAACGGAUCACAAGCUAGCAGAGUGCCUUUUACUUAGCAACUCGCUAACGGCAGCCAUCCUUGAGGAGGUAGCCGAGACAAAGCUUGCUAGCACUGUGGAGAGUCGUAACUUGUGCAACAAAAUGGCUGCCGCAAAGACGGAAGUUGUCCUUUCUGAACCGUUGGCGAAAACUAACGUCCCAAGAGAUCGUUGUUAUUGCCUCCAGCCAGGAGAGGACUUUGGCUUCCUAGUAGCUCCGGACUUCCUGGUUUUGUGCCUGUCCUUCUUGUUCCUGGCAUAUGGCUGCAGUACUCCUGUGGUCUACCUGGUCCCUUAUGCCCUUAGUAUAGGGUUAGAGCAAAGGCAGGCCGCCUUCAUUAUGUCCAUUUUUGGAAUCAGCGGCAUUGUGGGUAACAUUACCUUUGGUUGGAUCACAGACAGGAAGUGUCUGAAACGAUACCGUAUGCUAAGCUACAUGCUAGCGAUAGCAGUGGAGGGCCUGAGCUGCCUGUGGGUUCCACUCCUCCACUCCUUCGCCCCGCUGACCGUGUUCGCCGUGGUCUACGGUUACUUUGACGGUGCUUAUGUGGCGCUCAUCCCUGUGGUCACUUCGGACGCCGUGGGCUCCACUUACCUUACCUCAGCCCUCGGCAUGGUCUACUUCCUGCAUGCUGUGCCUUACCUCGUCAGCCCACCCAUAGGCGGUUGGUUGGUGGACAUGACUGAAAACUACACAGCCACUUUCUUUGUCAGCGGUGCUUCGUACAUUUGCAGCGCUGCCAUUCUAGCGGCGGCCAUAUUGGUCCGACGGGCCCGUCGGUCAGGACCAAAGGAGCUCUGCUCAAAAUUUGCCACCACCACCUCCACUGUGUGUCAUCAGGAUAUCAUCUAAGCACUCUGAUGUGUGUUUUUUCGUAAUAACCAAAUACCCGUAUUUCUUUUUUUACUACAACUCUGAUAUUUUUGUAUACACAACUGUGUGGUGUAUUGAUACCGUACUAUGCACGACUAAGUAACAACAUAUAUAUAUGAUAUAUGACAAAACAAACAAUAAUUGAUACCUGUUCGACUACUGCUACAACGAAGUUACAUAAAAUAUAAAAUACUUGACGUUGGUGCUUUGAUACUUGGACUGUGAGCAAUAUUGAUACAAUUGAUCAGAAUAUCUAUUUGUUAUCAGUGUAACAAUACUGUGAGUGACAAGUAUUGAUAUUUGAUAGUGGUGUAUUGAUUAUUAUACUGUGAGUGAUAAGGAUUUGGUAUAUCAAAAGAAGGUGAUCCUGGUGUAUUGCUGCUAAGUAAUACGAAACAUGGCAUAUCGGUAUUUAGUAUCUGCGUAUUGAUACUGUAUUUUUGUUUCAAUUCAUUUAUGCAACUACUAUACAUGUAUGUACGUGAAGGAAUAAAUGAAUUCAU